CCGCCGCCGCCGCCACCACCGGCCUCUUCACUUUCUCCCCCCUCAGCCUCCCGCCGCAGGCCCCACACUGCGAGCGGCGGCAUCACCACAGGCACCGGCACCACCCGGACAGCAGCGGCUCCGAGCCUGGCCGCUCCUCCGGCGAAAAGCCGCACAAAGGCCGGCGGGGAAGCUCCGGCGACGGCGCCGUCGUGCGGCCCAGUAAACGAGACAGCAAAGAUGAGAAUGGCAAGACCCAAAGAGCUGAUGGUCUUAUUGUGAAGAAAAUCAAGAAAAAGAAGAAAAAGAAACACAGAGAAGACAUGAGGGGGAGACAUCUGAAAAUGUACAACAAAGAAGUGCAGACUGUGUGUGCUGGUCUUACCCGUAUCAACAAAGAGAUUUUGACUCCGGGGGAGAGUGAUAACUUGGAAGAUGACAAGGAAUCUUUUAGGUAUCUAAAAGAUGAACAGCUGUGUCAGUUGAAUUUGGGCAUGGAAGAAUACAGAAUACCCCAGGGAGUGCAGUCUCCGUUUACUACCCACCAGGAGCAUUCUGUUCGCAGCAACUUCUUAAAAACAGGCACUAAAUUUAGUAACUUUAUUCAUGAAGAACAUCAGUCAAAUGGUGGAGCUCUGGUCCUUCAUGCCUACAUGGAUGAACUCUCAUUUUUGUCUCCAAUGGAGAUGGAGAGAUUUGCAGAAGAGUUUCUUGCUUUGACAUUCAGUGAAAAUGAGAAAAAUGCAGCUUACUAUGCGCUAGCUAUAGUCCAUGGGGCAGCUGCCUACUUGCCAGAUUUCUUGGAUUACUUUGCUUACAACUUUCCUAACACUCCAGUGAAAAUGGAAAUCCUUGGCAAGAAGGAUAUUGAAACAACAACAAUCUCAAACUUUCACACUCAGGUCAGUCGAACGUAUUGCUGUGGAACCUACAGAGCAGGUCCGAUGAGGCAGAUCAGCCUUGUUGGAGCAGUGGAUGAAGAAGUUGGAGACUAUUUCCCAGAAUUUCUUGAUAUGUUGGAAGAAUCUCCAUUUCUUAGAAUGACUUUGCCCUGGGGUACUCUUUCUAGCCUCAGACUUCAGUGCCGGUCACAAAGCGAUGAUGGCCCCAUAAUGUGGGUUAGGCCAGGAGAACAGAUGAUUCCGACAGCUGAUAUGCCAAAGUCCCCAUUCAAACGACGCAGAUCAAUGAACGAAAUAAAAAAUCUCCAGUAUCUACCUCGGACCAGCGAACCCCGUGAAGUUCUUUUUGAAGACAGAACAAGAGCACAUGCUGAUCAUGUUGGGCAAGGGUUUGACUGGCAGAGUACAGCUGCUGUAGGAGUGCUAAAAGCUGUACAGUUUGGUGAAUGGAGUGACCAGCCUCGUAUAACCAAAGAUGUAGUUUGCUUUCAUGCGGAGGAUUUCACUGAUGUAGUUCAGAGACUUCAGUUGGAUCUACACGAACCUCCAGUAUCACAGUGUGUUCAGUGGGUGGAUGAAGCCAAGCUAAACCAAAUGAGACGAGAAGGUAUUCGCUAUGCUAGAAUCCAGCUAUGUGAUAAUGACAUCUACUUCAUCCCUAGAAAUGUCAUUCAUCAGUUCAAAACGGUGUCUGCCGUGUGUAGCUUAGCCUGGCAUAUAAGACUCAAACAGUAUCAUCCUGCAGGGGAGAAUUCUCAAAGUAUGGAAAGCAUUUCAAACAUGGACAGUAGCAUCUGUGACAAGACGGAAUCAGAUGCUGAAGACCAAUGCAUGCUUGUGAAGCAAGAGUCUGAAGAAGGAGGAACAGAAGUACAGAUUACAACGGCGGCACCAUCGUCCUUGUUUUCGUCUCUGUCGUGACUUGUUUUACAAGAUGAGCUAGCUCAGUCCCUUCCAGUUUUUAAACUAGAAUCAGAUCAGCAACACAAUCCAAGAUGAUCAUACAGGCUUUCUUGUGUGAUAUGUACAUAAUCAUAUACAUUUUUA